AUGAACAACCUAAUUUCGAAUACUAUAAAUACUUAUAAUGAUCCUGACAAAGAUUUCAAAAUUCUUGAUGAUGGUAAUAAUUCAGGAAGUUUUGACGAACAACAAACUUCUUCGCUAUCAACACAUAGUACAAAUAAUACAGAAAACAAUAUAAAUUUAUAUGACCUUCAUGUUGAUGGAACAGCAAUAGAAAUUGCUAGAAUUUAUGCUAAUUCAGCAUCACAAACAAUACAAGAGCAAGUUGAAGAAACUAAUAUAGAUUGGCUUACAUCUGAACUCGAUACAGUAUCAAGUAAAGAAUCUUUAUAUGAAACGGAUAGCUAUCGUGAUGAAGUAGAUAUAGAAAUCGAUACUACAAAUACUAAAAAUAUUAAACGUUCAUAUAAUUUUAAAGCAGUAGAUGAAAUUAUAACAACAUCAAAAACAAAUAGAUUAAAUGUACUAGGAGUUUAUUCAAGUCAUUUUAACUUUGAUAAUAAACGAUUACAUAGCAAUCUAAAAAAAGAAGUUUCUAUAAAUGAAGCAUUUGUUCACAGGAAAAAAUGUUUAUUUUGUGGACAUGACAAAUACCUAUUUAGUCGUGGGAUGGUCUGUACUGGACUAAAAGUUUGUCUAAUUUUUCAUGAAAAUGAUUUUACUAAAUUGGUAUCUAACGCUAGAUAUACACGUUAUAUCUGUGCAUCAUGUUUUAUAGUAGAAGGUGGACAUUUGUAUAUAAAAGAAGAAUAUGGUGCAAUAAAUAACAUAUCUGAAUUUGCUGAAAAAGAUAUUCAAACUAUUCUUCUUGACGAA